AGACGGCAUCUGUCAAAGCCCACAUUUAAACUGCUGCCUGCCUGUGCAGCAGCUGAAGAACUAUGGAAUGGAUUUUACAGACCAAAACCCUUAGUUAAAAUUGCUCAAAACCUUUUCAGUUACUGCCUAGCAACAAAGGAGGGAGGAAGGAAGGAAGGAAGGAAGAGGAGGAGGGAGAGAGAAAUCUCAUUACUGAAUGCAACUGAACCACUACAUUCUAGCACUUGCUGCUUAACAUUAUCGCUAGAAAUAUGGAUACUGAGAAGAGAAUACAGCACUGCAUUGUCCGACAAGGGAAAUACCAGAUGUAAAAGCUUCAAUGCAUCAAUUGUCAGGAACAGACAACCCUCCUUGGAACACAAGCAAGAGCUACUGUUCUUUCAUUUGAAAGAUGAACAAAAGACCCCAAGAAAUGGACACUUAUAAGCAAGGAAGGUAACACAGCAACGAGCAGACAGAUGGACAGAUUGGAUAUCGUGAAAAGCAAUCGCAGGAAGCAGACGUUCGGGGGAUGUGCGCAUGUUCGAUAGCAUCUUUUUUGCUGAAGUGAUGGUGUGCCGAAACUAUUUUCAGCAGGCAUAAUCCUCUCAACGUAAAUGGCCUAACCAAGGAAGCAGGGUGACCCUUUUGCACAGAAUUACUCAAUGUGAAUAUAACAGAAGAUGAAUACCAAAGAAUAGCAGUGGAUUCAAAAGGAAAGGAAAAAGCAUUUCGUUCAACCAUUAUCUCACAUCCCAUUGUUGGAUAUGUACAACAUGCUUCAGUGGAGAAGACGACACUGCUGUUUUGCAAAAAUGACGUGGAAUACCAAAAGGUCUCUGUUUCGUACCCAUCUUAUUGGUCUGCUUUCUCUCGUAUUUCUUUUUGCUAUGUUUCUGUUCUUUAAUCAUCAUGACUGGCUGCCAGGCAGGGCUGGAUUCAAAGAAAAUCCUGUGGCUUACACUAUUCGAGAAUUUAGGUCUACAAAAAGUGAAACAAACCACAGCUCUCUGAGGAAUAUUUGGAAGGAUACAGUCCCUCAGACUCUUAGGCCUCAGAUAGUUACUAAUUCCAACAACACUGACCUGUCACCACAAGGAGUAACUGGUUUAGAGAACACACUCAGUGCCAAUGGAAGUAUUUACAAUGAGAAAGGUACUGGACAUCCAACUUCAUAUCAUUUUAAGUAUAUAAUAAAUGAGCCCGAAAAAUGCCAGGAGAAGAGUCCUUUUCUAAUACUACUCAUAGCUGCAGAACCAGGCCAAGUGGAAGCUAGACAAGCUAUUCGGCAAACAUGGGGUAAUGAAAGCCUGGCACCGGGUAUCCAAAUUGUUCGCAUUUUUUUGCUGGGCUUAAGCAUUAAACUAAAUGGAUACCUCCAACGUGCCAUACUGGAGGAAAGCAGACAAUACCAUGAUGUUAUUCAACAAGAAUAUUUAGACACUUAUUAUAACUUAACCAUUAAAACUCUUAUGGGAAUGAACUGGGUUGCCACCUACUGUCCAAAUGUUCCCUAUGUUAUGAAAACUGAUAGUGAUAUGUUUGUCAAUACUGAGUAUUUAAUACAUAAGCUUCUGAAGCCAGAACUGCCUUCAAGGCACAAGUAUUUUACAGGUUACCUAAUGAGAGGGUAUGCACCUAAUAGGAACAAGGAUAGCAAGUGGUAUAUGCCACCUGAUCUGUAUCCAAGUGAGCGUUACCCUGUAUUCUGCUCAGGAACUGGUUAUGUCUUUUCUGGAGAUUUGGCAGAAAAGAUAUUUAAAGUCUCUUUAAGCAUCAGACGCUUGCACUUAGAGGAUGUAUAUGUGGGGAUCUGUCUUGCCAAGUUGCGUAUUGACCCUAUGCCCCCACCCAAUGAGUUUGUCUUCAAUCACUGGCGAGUUUCUUAUUCCAGCUGUAAAUAUAGCCACCUAAUUACCUCCCAUCAGUUCCAGCCUAGUGAACUGAUCAAAUACUGGAACCACUUACAACAAAAUAAGCACAAUGCCUGUGCCAAUGUAGCAAAAGAAAAAGCUGGCAGGUAUCGCCAUCGUAAACUGCAUUAAAAAGGACAAUACUCCCUCUAUAAAAGUAUCCCAUGUGCAAUUUGUAAAUAUUGCUGAAAGCAUGUACAGUGAAAAUGGAUGAGCUUAAUGGGACAGUCUUUAGUUAAGCCCUCAUGACAUAAUGGAGUUUGAAAAUUAUUUUUUUAAUUUUAGAAGAGUAUAAUUCUUGAAGAUAGUAAUAUUAUGAAACUAUAACCAAGAGGUUUUCCAAACAAAUUUGAGGAAAAAAAAGAUGGUAUACAAGGAUUUUUCUGUGUUAAUGUGCAAUAAUAAGCAUGCACACUUUGGUGGUACACUUGCUAUUUUAUGUGCCAAUAAAAUAUAAUUGAGCAUAUUUUCCACACUAAAUUAUUAAUUUUUUUUUAAAUACACACACUGCUCUAAUUCAAAACAGUAUCUCCUCCUCAGCCAUUAAUGAUUUCAUUCUGUUGUCUAGAACUGUUGUAAAUAAAAUUAUCCAUGACAAGUUAAGGACAUUCUGUAAGUUUACAAAGAAGUUUUCUUCCUUAACUUCAGAACCACGUUAAAAAGUGAUUACACAGCUGUUUCACAGGCAAUAGGAAUUUAGUAAUGUGACAUUUACAAUUUGAGAAGAAACUAUUAAUACAUUUUAAAGUACUGAGCACAGACUUUACUACAGUAAGACAAACAAAACCCGCAGUUUAGAAGGCUGAUAUUUUGUGGUGUGACAGCUUGUAAUGUGAACUGAGGCUUAGGGCUUGGCUACACUCAAAACUCCAAAGCGCUACCGCGGCAGCGCU